AUGAUUUCGUUGAGUGAUGAGGGUUUCUCCGUGAAAUGCGAUGUCUCCUCGUAUAAACCCGAUGAAUUGAAAUUGCGAUUGGACGGGGAUGUUUUGUCGAUUGAAGGAGAGCACAAAGAGGAGAAUGAGCAGGGCUCCGUCCACCUCCGUUUGCAACGUUCCAUUCGAAUUCCCGUGGAUCAAAUCGAUCUCUCGUCACUUCAAUCAUCACUCGAUCAAAAUGGAAAUCUCUCAAUUCAUGCCCCAUUGAUUGAAAAGAAGAAACAGCUGAACGGGCAAGAGAUUCCCAUUCAAAUUACCGGACAACAAAAGGAAACAGGAACAAUCGAGAAU